AUGACAAAGGCUUUAGAUUUCUCCAAGUUCCUCUCGGAGGAAGCCAAGCGCCGUGAGCCUUCGCCUCUCAAGUCCGCAUUCAAGUACUUUUCGGACCCAAACAUUGUCUUUCUUGGUGGUGGACUGCCCCUACCAGACUACUUUCCUUUCGAGAAGGUUGUCGCUUACUCGCCAGCGCCACCUUUCUCAAAUGGAAUUGAUGCUAAACCUACCGAUGACUCCAACACUACUGUUGUAGAUGUGUUGAAGAACAAUGCUGCCGCUGGAGAUGUCUCCCUCGCCAAAUCUCUGCAAUACGGUUUCACCGAAGGUCACACUGAGCUGCUUGCAUUCCUCAAGGGACAUACCGAGCUGGUCCACAGUAUUCCAUACGAUGAUUGGGGACUUAUCACAACCGUGGGUAAUACCCAGAGUUGGGAUGCUACCCUCAGAACCUUCUGCAACCCCGGUGACCACAUUAUUGUAGAGGAGUACACAUUCUCUUCUGCCCUUGAGACUGCCAGAUCGCAGGCCCUCAAGUUUGUUGGUGCACCCAUGGAUGACGACGGAAUAAUCCCCGCCAAGUUGGACGAAAUUCUGACCAAUUGGGACCCAGCUAAAGGAAAGAAGCCCGUUCUUCUGUACACCAUCCCCACUGGCCAGAACCCCACCGGGUCUAGUAUUCCAACUGAAAGAAGGAAGGAGCUCUACAAAGUUGCGCAGAAGCAUGACUUCCUCAUUGUUGAGGAUGAGCCAUACUAUUUCUUGCAGAUGGAUCCUUAUGUUGCUGCUGAUGGUGCUGAUAAAGAGAAGCCCGUCGCACAAACUCACGAAGAGUUUCUCAAGGCACUGGUGACUUCGUUCAUCUCUAUCGAUACCGAUGGCAGAGUCAUUCGCCUUGACUCGUUCUCCAAGGUGCUUGCCCCAGGUGUGAGACUCGGUUGGAUCGUUGCCCAGGACAAUCUGCUUGAGCGUUACGUUAGAUUGCAUGAAGUUUCGAUCCAGACCGCAUCUGGCUUCUCCCAGUCUUUGGUCCAAGGUCUCUUGAACCGCUGGGGUCAAAAGGGCUAUCUUGAUUGGUUGAUUGGCUUGCGUCACGAAUACACCGAGAAGAGAGACUUUGCCAUAAACUCCAUUGUCAAGAAUGUGCCUUCGUCAAUUUCGCACUAUGUUCCUCCCGUUGCUGGUAUGUUCUUCACCGUUUUCUUUGAUGUGACUAAGCAUCCAAAGUACGUUGAAUUUGGAAAAGAUCCACUCAAAGUGGAGAAUGCAAUUUACGAAAGGGCACUCGAGUGCGGUUCAUUGAUGAUUCCAGGUUCCUGGUUCAAGACCCCCGCCGAGGACGCACCUCCUUUUGGCGACCACAUCUUUUUCAGAGGAACUUAUGCUGCUGUUCCAUUGGAUCAGCUCGAGCUUGGAAUUCAACGUUUUGGUGACGCCGUUAAGCUUGAGUAUGGCCUGUAG